GCGGAUCCUCGGGGGAGGGGCGACCAUGUACUCGCCGCGCACCGAGAAACCCUACUUCUUGCUGACGUUGGUCUUCUCCCAAGUUCUGUUCCUUUUGCUGUUGUAUCGAAGGGGAACCAGCAGCCUCCUCCACGGGCUCUUCGGGGGCGAGGCCUGGCCGUGGGAUUACGCCGACACGCACGACGUGUACACCAACCUCAGCCACUUCACUCCGGACCCCGACGCCGUGAGGACCGAGUACUGUCCCGUUAAGUCACCGAUACUCGUGGGCCCGAUAACGGUGAUUUACAGCAAACCCCCCAGCCUGAGGAGGAUCCAGCUGAAGAACCCGUCCGUGAAGCCGGGGGGAUACUCCAGUCCCCGGCACUGCUUCGGACGCUACAGGAGCGCCAUCAUCAUCCCGUACCGCAACCGGGACGUCCACCUGCGCUACCUGCUCUACCACCUGCACCCCUUCCUGCAGCGCCAGCAGCUGCAUUACGCAAUAUUCCUGGUCCAGCAGGCUGGAAACGGCACUUUCAACCGAGCCAAGCUCCUUAACGUCGGGGUGAGGGAGGCGCUGAGGCUCGACGACUGGGACUGUUUGAUUUUCCACGACGUGGACCUCGUCCCGGAGAACGACUACAACCUCUACGUCUGCGAUGGGUAUUCCCCCAAACACCUGGCCAGCGCCAUGGACAAGUUCCACUACAGGUUACCCUACUGGGAGUACUUCGGCGGGGUCUCGGCGCUGACCCCCGAGCAGUACAUGAGGAUCAAUGGAUUUCCCAACUCGUACUGGGGAUGGGGUGGAGAGGACGAUGACAUCGCCAUGAGGGUUCGCUUGUCGGGGAUGAGUAUCGCUCGGACGCCGCUUGCUCUCGGCCGGUAUAAAAUGAUUCCGCACGACCGAGACACGGGCAACGACGAGAACACGAGAAGGUACAGCCAGCUGAGAAACACGCGGAGAACGUGGCGAGACGACGGCAUGAACUCUCUUUUUUUCAAGCUGCUUUCCAGAGAGAAAGCCCCCCUUUAUACCAACAUCACCGUUGACAUUGGGGAAGCCCCUGUGAUGACCACCCCCCCGGGCAAAUCAAGGUUUUUCUCCUUUUAAACUGACAGUGGGGGCAGUUAAACACACCAUUAAGCGGGUCCCGGAGGUGCUGGGUGCCUGGCGGACCCCCGUUAUUAUCACCGUGGCCUUAUUGGAUAAUAAGUUACAAGUUCUGCUCCAA